GAGGAGAAGUGAAACGCUGCAAAGCUCAACUUCUCAGGAGAGACACUAUGGUCUGAUGGAGACACGGUCUGAAAUGUCUCCCAGGUAGACAGACACACUGCACACACACACACACACAGUGCACGCGCGCGCACGCACGCUCGCACGCACACAGACGUGUCCCUGGUGCUCGGACGGUGAUCAGCGCGGCGAGGCGAGGCGCGCGCGCCGCGAUGCUGUAGCCAUGGACAGCAGAAUCCGUGAGAACCCAGAAAGGGCGUUCGACUUGGUGCUGCAGGUGGCGUGUCCGUCAUCCGAAAAGGAAGAUCCGACAGUGCUGUGGAAGUUCCCCCAGGACUUCGGAGACCAGGAGGUCCUGCAGACAGUCCCCAAGUUCUGCUUCCCGUUUGAUGUAGAAAGAGUCUCCCCGAAUCAGGUGGGACAGAACUUCACGUUCGUGCUGACUGAUAUCGAGAGCAAGCAGCGUUUCGGAUUCUGCCGUCUCACCUCCGGCUGCAAGGUGUGCGUCUGUCUGCUCAGCUAUCUUCCCUGGUUUGAGAAUUACUACAAGCUGCUAAACACCCUCGCAGAUUACUUAACAAAACACCAGGAAAACGAACUGAAAGAUGUGUUGGAGAAGCUGCACGCGCUGGCCGUGCCGAAACCGAACAAAAACGUAGCUCUGAGCUUGCACUUGCACUUUGUUGCCCCGGAUAUUAGUAGACUUCCUACCAUACCUGAAAACAGGAAUCUAACCGAGUACUUCGUGGCAGUGGACGUGAAUAACAUGCUGCACCUGUACGCCAGCAUGCUGCACGAGCGCCGCAUCAUCAUUACCUCGAGUAAGCUUAGCACUUUAACCGCAUGUGUGCAUGGCUCAGCUUCCAUGCUCUACCCCAUGCACUGGCAACACAUCUACAUCCCAGUUCUCCCCCCACACCUCCUGGACUACUGCUGUGCACCCAUGCCAUAUCUGAUCGGAGUUCAUCUGAGCCUGUUAGAGAGAGUGAAGAGCAGAUCCCUGGAAGACGUGAUCAUUCUAAAUGUGGAUACAAACACGCUGGAGAGUCCUGCUGACGACCUGCACAACCUUCCCAGUGAUGUCGUCUCGAGUCUGAAGAGUAAGCUGAAGAAGCAGUCGACUGCCACGGGCAGCGGAGUGGCUCGGGCCUUCCUGCGCUCUCAGGCUGCGCUGUUUGGCUCCUAUCGAGAUGCUCUGAGAUACAAACCCGGAGAACCAAUCACCUUCUGUGAAGAGAGCUUCGUGGCACAUCGCUCCAGUGGCAUGAAGACUUUUCUUGAGAUGGCUGUGAACCUGCAGCUCUUCAAGCAGUUCAUUGAUGGCAGACUGGCCAAAUUAAAUGAAGGAAAGGGUUUCACAGAUGUCUUCGAGGAAGAGAUCACAGAAGGGGGCUUUUGCGGAAGUAAUACAAGGUCUUAUCAACAAUGGAUGCAUACUGUAAAGAGAGGCGUGAACAAGGCAAGCCCGGCUGUAAAAUCUGCUUACAAGAUUGCAAAAGGUCAUGCGAAGAAAGGAUUUCGUGGAGUGAAGGACAGGAUCAGACUUAAGGACACUGAGGAGGACGGGAGUCUGUACUGUACCGGCUCUCCUACCAGCACUAAGAGCCUCUCACCCAGGAGGCUCCAAAAGCGAAGGUACCAAAAUCAAAAUUCUCAUAAGUACAUCGGCAUUCCGGAUUAUCCCAUUGACAAUGAAGAUGAACUGGACACAGCAAGCAAAGUCUCUUCUGAGGACAGCGGGGAGUUACCAUUCUACAUAGAGGACAGUGAUGACUCGUGUGAGUUAGAGCCCGAGGCGAGACAGACAGGCCAAAUGAGUUUGCUGGAAGAGAUCCUAGAUUCACUCAGCACCACAACGUUAGAUCAUGGCUCAAAGCUCUCCUCAGCCAAGAGCUUGGACUUCUUCAGGUCCAUGGAUGAGCUUGACUGUAGUACCCCGAAUGUGUCUCUAGCUAUGACUAGUCCAGUUCAGGCUGGUGAAGUGAUCACGGCCACCGUUGGAGAUCAGAGUGGCUGGAACAUGGGGCAGGAUGACAGUGCCAUCAAUGGCAAGCACCUCCCUCCUUCUCCUCGUCGCCAAUGCAGCACUCGCUCGCUGCCAGCUCCUUCUAACAAAUCCUGCGAGACCGUUGCAGACAUGAGGAAUUCUCUUGUGGAGCCUCUCACUAAGCCCCUGGCACUCGAAAUCGCCGAAAGCGCCAGCCCUCCUAUCCACCUAGAGCAUCCCUCGGACCUGAAGCUGAGCCCAGAGAGCCAGGUGACAGAGGGCUUCAGUGGCCUGAGAAGAAGAGUUCUGUCCAAAGAGACUAUGAGGCAAUACCAGGAGCGAUCACAGCAAGGAGGAGGCAACAGGCAGCCGUCACUGCUUGUUCCUUGGGAAAAAGCGAACAAAGGCAAUGAAGAAGAAAUGAGCCCUGAGGCGCCAGAGGUGCAGGAAAAAGGCUUGCUGGAGGAAAUCGAGUGUCGUCUCAGUACAGCGCUGAACUCCAACCUGUAACUCACGCCAGUCCGCAGCAGCACAGUACAGUACCUGGAUGAAAGCUGAGAAUUUAAGCAUCCUUCUUUCUUUUCCUACAUGUACACCUUCUAUAUCAGAGCGCUAUUUUAUAUAUCUGUAUGUACUUGUAGUCAUUUGAAAAGUUGUUUAAUUAAGGGGUGUUGGUUUGUAUCUUUGGUAAAAAAAAAAUCGUAAAAAAUGUGUCAACGGUGAUUUCAAGGGGCAGCAAAACCAGCAGCGCAGCAGCUUACAUUACGUUGCUGUCCAACACUUCCAGGGUUCGAUUCUGAGCUCUGCUUACUGUCGGCAUGGAGUUUCGCAUGUUCUCCUGUUCUCCUUGUCCAUGUGCGCUUCUUCUGGGUUUCUUCACUUUCUCUCAUGCCAGUAGCUGGAUUGGUGUAGAUGAUUGUGUCAAUUUGUAUGCACGCAGGUGGUGCCCAGCCAUGGACUAGUGUCCCAUCCAGAGUGCCGUUUCUGUUUUUUUUUGGUACCGGCUUGUCCGUGACCAUCACCAGUAUAAAACGCUUACUGUAAGUCAGCGAGGUGAUUCCAAGCCAGUAAUUUGCACUUCCAAACAGGUACAUUAUUUAAUCACUGUAACUCUAAACUUUUAGAGAACGAGCUCUUGUCCACAUUAAUAUAUAUUUUUACGAAAGACUAUUUUUUGGAACUAACAGUAUGCCUUAAACGUAAUUCUAAUGUGCUUUUGGUACUAUGCAGUGUUCUUUAUCCGUGACUCUGGACUCUUAGAUGUCUGUAGCUGUAAAUCGUACUUAUUCCCUAAUUUGGUGGUAUAGAAGCAUACCUCAGAAAGAGCAGCAUGUUACAACUAACCUAGGUGUGUUUCUUUUCCAAGACUAUUCUCAGGUAGAUGUUUUCUUUCAAUAUUUUGUUUAUAUCGUGACAUCGGUUUUGCAGUGUGGUAGAUGCUAUGCAGUGUUGUAAUAUGUAUUGUUUUAUGAAAACAGGAUCCCAGUUUCUUCAUCACUGUAGCCACAAAGUGUUUUAAUUCAAGUUUUCCUCCAUCUUGGAUCACAUGAUUGGUUGGAAAUGAAUAAUAUGGCCGUUCCAAGUGCCAGGAUGCAAGCUGAAGAAAAGAAAAAUUGUUCUAGCCCUCUCUGAAGUUUUACAUAUUGUAUGUGUGUAAGCAUUUGGUUUCAUUUCAACCCAACUGCUUGAACACAUCCAGCCUCCACAUGUCCAUUAAGAAGGGAACUUGAUUCAUUUGGGCUGAUUAAGUGUUAAGCCUCUUAAGUGUGGUGAUUUAUGCCACAUACUAAUCUGACACUUUGAAAGCUAACUUCACCCCCUACUGUGUGUGUGUUUCUCCGAGCUUAUGUGGCAGAACAAAGCAUUCCGUGUGUUGCAACAUUGUGUUAUCAUUUUUUCCCCUGUACGAUCAUAUUAUGAGAACUUUUAGUUAUUUAAACAGAAGGCUGUGUAUUUCUUUAACAGUCUGUCUGACGUCAAAGCCUGUUAUACGUAAUCAUAAUAAUUUUCAGUUUUAAAUAGUGAAGAAUUCUGCUAUAUUAUGACCCUGUUCGUGUAAGAGUUGUAUCUCUUUAACCAAAAAACAAGUCUCUGAGCAAGCUAAAGAAUUUCUCCAGCAUUUGAAAACGUUUUGGACACCCUGUUUUUCUUCGUACUGUCGUGUGCGUGUGGAUGUUGAGCAAAUCAACCAAGCGUGUUUCCGACAGCUCAUUUGCAAGUAGUGGAGCCCACAGAGCUUCAUAAAUGUUCAAGUGCACAGAGUGAUGGAAGCACAAAAUUACCAAUCAGGGCAAAGCCUAAAAACAGAGCUGGACAGUAAAAACUAAAUUUUACCAAUAUACAAUAUUAUAAGGUGUCAAAAUAAAAGUGUAAGCAGUUAAUGUUCCUGCUGAGGGAUUAUAAAAUAUAAUAAAAGGCUGAGGCAUUUUAUUAAUGGCAAUCACUGGAUCUUUGUGCAGAUCGACUGGCCGCUGCUUUUAAGUGAUGCCAUUUCUUUUACCAUAAAUUACCGACUUUUCUAUGUCUUACUUGAAAAUGUGCUGACUCGCUGUCUUCUUUCGAAUUUAUAUUUAUUAAUGAAUGACCAUAAUAUUAAACAACUGCUUUUCACAGAAAAGUUCCUGAUGGUCCUCGUAGUCCGUGACUUAGUGAAUUAUCAUGAGGAUGCGUUUUUGAUAGAGAUAGCUUCUGUACAUCGCUCUGAAUAAGUUAGUCUACUAAACACUGUAAACGUAAUAAAACCAAGCAAUGUAAACUUGAUAUAGGUUUCAUAGAUAACAGAGCAGUCGAGUUUACAUUACACACAGGAGCUCGAGUAGGAUACGCUUUUUCAAAAUGACGAGGUUUUCAUGAAUAGUAUAUUUGAUGUGUAAAUGCGUGUCUAAAGACAUUUAGGAAUUAAUCCCUUCAUAUCCAGUUUGAUAAAUGAGGCUUAAAUGUCUUUUCCAGGCUUUCGAAUGAGAUUAACACAAAACUGCUGAGCUCAGUUUUAUUAAAAUUACAUUUUCACAGCAUAAAUAAUGUAAUAAAAGUCUCACAAACAUAAAUAAUAAUUAGUAUUUUUAUUAUUAGUUUGUGUACAAUAUUAGUAUUGAGAGAUCUAUGUAAUAAUUAAUAAUGAAAGUAUAUAAAAAAAAAUAGUAGCAUUAUAUUAGGUACUACAUUUUUGUGUUUGGUUUGAAAUUUUCUUGCUUGUAAAGCAUCCGGAGGUUGUCUUGACCUCAGCACAACUGAUGUUACUGAAUAAGAAAAGAAUAUUGCCUUGUGCCAGGUUUCAGUAUUCUUUGAGGAGGGAUAAAAGUAUAGUUUUAUUAAUGAUGUAAUACAAUAUGGUUGUGCCUUAUAAAUUGAAUCUAACACAGAGAGGUAGGUCAAUCCUCAACUACCCCCCUUUCCUUGUAUACACAGUUAAUAUGCCUAAUCGAUAUGCACAUAAUUAAUAGACUUGAAAAUUAUCUUGUUAAACUGUGGGGGUGUUUUAUUUUUGGAUGGGGACAGGGGUGGCCUUGUCUACUUGUUUUAGUCGAUUUCAUGGUGACUCUUCACCCACAGGGCAAAAAGGCUGAUGAGUAUUAAAAUGACCAGUCAUACAGUAUGCUUGGGCCUUUAACAUCACCAGAUCUCAGUAAAAUUACACACUGACGUGAGAUUUUGAAACAAAGUGUUAGAAAACAUGCACAUCAUAACCGCCAUGGUCAGAAAAAAAUAUAUUUUUAUAAAAAUGGUGGUCCAGUAUAGUUUCUUGAAAUGUGCAGAAUGUAAAGCAAACAUGACCCAAAGCUUUUUCUUGUGGCUUUGUUGGUUUAAUCUUUGUUUGUAUUUCCCUUCAUGUCUGCAUCUGAAUUUAUAAAAAAAAAAAUUGUUAUUUGCAUUUUCAAUCAUAGUCGGUCAGGCAAAUAACUGUCUCAGUUAUACUGUUAAACGAUUAUUUUAUUUCAUACAACUAAGAUAGUGUUUGAAGACAAAAUAUAUCUUUUUUGUGAUUUUUUUUAAAUAUAUAAAAAUUCACAUUUUCUGUCCUCUAAAUAUUUCAUUUAUUUCCUUAUGGAAAUUUUACUUGUUUUUAAUUGUAAUUAUUAUUACUCAAAAUUUACCAAAAUUGUAAAUGAUUUCCUGGUAACUAUAAAACACUACUCGGCACCAGGUAGAUAACUGGCAAAAAAAAAAACUUUUCAAAGAAACCAGCAACUUCAUUCCAGCUUUAAUUUCCCCCUUUUUAAAGGCUUCUCAUUUUGAAAAAAAAAAAGUUGAUAAAAUCAAAGUUAUAAAAGAACCACUGUAUUUUAAGUGCUACCAUCAUAAGAGUAUAUUCAUGCAUGAUCUUGUCUAAAAUAUAAAACUUUGCAUUAUUUAUUUUUUUUUCAAAAUGACUUGUUUCAUGAAUGUGCUUUAUUAAAUUGAAACUAUUUUAAGACGACUGUUUCUCAGUUAUAUUAUUUGUGAGUCUUUUUUUUUUUUUUUAGGAAAUGACUGUUAUUCCACUAGGAGG